CCGGGUCUGGGAGUCCUUUUGGUUAGGCUAAAGCCUAAAAGACAGCAAAACUCAUCUUACCGCACAGGCUACCACGAGUGUGAGAACUGCUGUGAAGAUAAGCAUUUAUACUUUAGGCUACUCUGAUGCCAGCCUUUUCCAUUUCAUUUUAUCUCGGUGCGCUGGCACAUGGAUGCGAAUGUUUAAUUAAUCUCAAAUCAGCAUUCGAGUUUACUCUUUGAUUUGCAAAUGAUUCGUUUAUAUUUAUUUUGACUAACACACAUUUUUUCAGUCUAAAACAUACCAUUCAUAUAAUUUUUUUGCAGUCCUCGUAGAGCAAGCUACUGACUUUGAAUUUUUUUUACUAACCGUCGCUACCACAAAAGUAGACUAGUCGCUAGUUGAAUGCAGGAUACCAGCUGUUUUAGCAGCCCCAAGUUCAAUUUCGGACGAGUCCUCCCAAACGCACUGGGAAAGGAAAGAGGAUUGCAGUUUCUCACCACCCUUGCUGCCGUGAUGAAGUCUGCAGAAGAAGAGGCUUUUAGCUACACUCCGAACGUCAGCCUGUCCCUCCCGUUGGGCAUGGGAAACCCCUGUCUGGCCUCCCAGUAUCACAACAUGCAGUCCAGCCCUGUCAUCUCCAUGUCCUCCUGCCACCAGACAGGCUACGGCCUCCAUGAGGACAACAGUCACCACAACCCGACCCAGGGCUACUACGUUCCCCACGGCAUGAGGCCCAACGGGGCCCCGGCCCUGGAGAGCCCCCGCAUCGAGAUAACCACCUACCACCACCAGUACCCCAAGGAGGAGGUGGAGGAGAGCGGCAGCCUGGACCACACGGUCCACCACAAGCGCGGGGUCAACUCCAUCGUGACCCUGACGCUGCCGAACGCCGACGGCUACCGCGACCCCAGCUGCCUGAGCCCGGCUAGCAGCGCAUCCUCCCGCAGCUGCAACUCAGACGCGUCGUCCUACGAGUCAGGCUUCUACAACUACGACAACUCGCCCCAGAACUCACCAUGGCAGUCGCCCUGCGUCUCCCCAAAAGGCUCGUCCUCACUCCUCUCGUGCCCGCACGCACCCCUCGGGCCUCCCUCCACCUCCCCCCGCCAGUCGCCUUCCACCUCCCCCCAGAUCGGGUCCCAGGCUGAGGAGGGAUGGGCGGGGCAAGGGCAGCAUGGAAGUUCCAGGCCCAACUCCCCGGCUUGUGGCGGGGGAGGCGGCGGCGGCAGCAGCGGCGCUGGGAAAAGGAAGUACAGCUUCAACGGCGCUCCCUACAGGCAGCCCUCAUACACGCCCAACCAGUCCCCCACCCCCUCUCCUCGAGGUUCGCCCAGGGUAAGCGUCACCGACGAAAACUGGCAGACCAACACCAACCAGUACACGAACUCCGCCAUUGUGGCGGCCAUCAACGCUCUCACCACGGAUGGAGUGGUAGAUAUGGGCGAGGGCAUCCCUAUCAAGGCCCGCAAAACCAACCUAGACCACAGCCCCACCGUGAGCCUGAAGACGGAGCCCGAAGGGGAGGAAAUGGUCCGUGGGAGCGAACUCCUCCAGGAGGACUACAUCUCCCGCCUGCCUUUUAAGAAGGAGGGUUACUGCGCAGGCUUCCUGGAUGUCCCACAGAACCCCUACUCCUGGUCCAAGCCCAAACCUUACCUCAGCUCUCUGCCCGCCCUGGACUGGCAGUUGCCCUCCUGCUCCGGCCCGUACAGUCUUCAAAUCGAGGUCCAGCCCAAAUCCCACCACCGGGCCCACUACGAAACGGAAGGGAGCCGAGGGGCGGUCAAAGCGCCGUCCGGAGGUCACCCCGUCGUACAGCUCUAUGGCUACAUGGAGAGUGAGCCGCUCACCCUGCAGCUGUUCAUCGGGACCGCAGACGACCGCCUCCUGCGUCCACACGCCUUCUACCAGGUUCACCGGAUUACAGGCAAGACGGUCUCCACUGCCAGCCAUGAGGCCCUCCAGUCCAGCACCAAGGUUCUGGAGAUCCCACUGCUGCCUGAGAACAACAUGAGAGCAAUCAUCGACUGCGCAGGGAUUCUGAAGCUGCGCAACUCCGACAUCGAGCUGCGUAAGGGAGAGACGGACAUCGGGCGCAAGAACACCCGCGUGAGGAUGGUGUUCCGCGUGCAUAUCAGCCAGCCCAAUGGCAGGACCAUCUCCCUUCAGGCCUCCUCCAAUCCAAUUGAAUGCUCCCAGCGUUCAGCCCAGGAGCUGCCCCUGGUAGAGAAGCAGAGUCUGGAAAGCUACCCUGCCACUGGCGGGAAGAAAAUCCUUCUGAGCGGACAUAACUUCCUGCCGGACUCCAAGGUGGUGUUUGUAGAGAAGGCCCAAGAUGGACACCAUUUAUGGGAGACAGAAGCCAAAGUCGAGAAAGACUCCUUCAAGUCUACCGGGUUGGUUGUGGAGAUUCCCCCAUACCGGAACCAGAGAAUAUCCAGCCCGGUGCAGGUCAACUUCUACGUCUGCAAUGGCAAGAGGAAGAGGAGCCAGUACCAGCGCUUCACCUACCUACCCCCAAACGUCCCGGUAAUAAAGACAGAGCCGACUGAUGACUAUGAGUCUCUGGGGGCUCAGGGCUUGUCUGUUCACUCCAAGUCUUUCUACUACGGACAGCCUCGGCUCGCUCCCGUCGAACCAGCGGGGGGCGCCGACAGCUCCCUGGUCAGAGGUUACCCUCCUUGCCCAGCCCGCCACGUCAGCCUCUGCGGCGUGCCCGCCUCGUCCCCCGAAUCCAGCCCCACGCUGCACGACCUGUCCCCUGUGACCUACCCCGUGUGCCUGUCCGCCAGCCCCACACACGCCCACGCGGGGCCCCUCGCAUCCGCCGCCCACGAGGCGCCCGCGUUUCUGGCCCAGCCGUCCUCGCCGGACCGCUCCCCCCUGGUCGGUCUGCUCCACUCCCAGGGCGGCAGCCCCCAUCACCUGGGCGGGCCCCGCGCCUACCAGCCGGUCUACCCGAACGGGAGCCCCUCUUCCUCCUCGCCCGGAUCCAACCCGUCCACGCCAGGGGAGAGCCCGUUUGUUCAGGCGCCCCCCUACAGCCCAGCCCGGAGCCAAGCCAGAAGCAGCCCUCGGAGCCUUCUCCCGGAGGACGCCAGCCCCACGUCCUUGGCCGUCACUGUCAAGCAGGAGCCCCAGGAGUUGGACCAAAUGUACCUGGACGACGUCAACGAGAUCAUCAGAAAUGACCUGUCCAGCAUCUCAGUGCAUCUCAGUGCAUAAACUCUCUGCAGAUGACCAGGCAGAGACCAAGGGGACCACAAACCAAAGCUAGAUCUACCUGAGGAAACCCUCGACAGAGAGCUUUCACAACGCCACUUCCUCAUCCCUGCAUUUUGCCGAUGCCCAAUUCGCUGGCUCCUCGCGACGCUGCAGACCGAUCGGCCGGCUGGUGGUCGGCGACAGGAAACUACGAAGCUUGAUUUGAACCGAUGUAACAAGAGGCCUUCUAUAUAACGGGUCGGACAGUGGCCAUUACAAACACGUUUUAAAUGACAACUCUUGCUCUUCCAAGGACCAAACAGUCAGAUGUGAAUACUUGAUCUCUGUAUCAAUGGCAUCUUCUUGGCGUGUAUGUUCAGGGACACUGGCGGUCUUAUGUCGGUCAGAGUCUUCCGGCAAACCACAGGAACACAAGCGGUGCCUUACAACACCUCUCACUGAAUAGAAUGCAACCGUCUUUGUCUCAUUCGAACCGGGCGUGCUUAUGUCUACGUCAGCUUAAAUCAUUUCAAUCAUUCGUUUACAGGGAUACUAAAAAUGGCUGGAAAAUAUGUAGGGACUUGUGUAUAGGUUAGACUUGUGUUUUUUUUUUAUUAUUAUUAUUAUUAUUAUUGCGUUCAUUUAUACUGUAUGUUCUGUAUUGUAUUCUUUGUAUAAACACGUAUUUGAAAUGUACUUUAUGAUUGCCUUAAAUCUAUUAUGCAGUUUUUUAGCUAAGCUCCUGUUUCUUUUUAGCAUUUCCCCAUUUGUAAGGAUCCAAAUUGUAGGGCUCUUCUGUUUAUCUAUCCUGAGUGCCUCUUCAAGUCUUCAGCACCUGACUCUGCCCUUCUACAGAACCUUUCUUUAUACCAUAUUCAGAAAUGCUUAGACAAUCAGAGACGAUAGCCUAGAUACCAAAACAUCUAAAACUUUGCAUGCUCAUGAUCUAUAAUGAUAAGGACCACCUAUGAUAAUCGCAUCCCUCUCGGCUGUAUAAUCAAGUUAGAGAAGGGGUGUUUGAAUGGAGACUACCGCUUGGCAAUAAUUCAUGUAUGAAAUAUAUACUUUUUUUUUUUUUUACCUCGGGUGAAUUUAUUGUUCAGGCUUAUUCACUGUUGCAGGUUGACAAUGGCUCAGUAUGCACUUUACCAUAGUAACAGCACAGGUUUCUCCACAAUCCUGACCAAACGUUAUAGGAACGACAACCAAUAUCCUUAGUGUGAUAGACUAGACAGCCGUAUCUGAGCUAUGCGGUCUCUCAUUGAAAAAGAGGACAUAUCUACAUUUUUUUUUCUAUGUUGUCGUACUUACAGUGUCUUUCUUCGGCAUGCCGAGAAUACUAAUGCUAGACACGAUUUCGCUUUACUAUACCAUUACCUAGCUUCAUUAAUACAUGUGGAAUAUAAUAGCAUGGCUCUAUGUAACAGAUUGAUAUAUAUUGUGCCUUAUUUUCCAACAUCUCUUCGCUACAACAUGAUUGUAACUCUUAACUAUUUUCUAUCCAGGCACAAAGUGAAACAUAUUUCCUCUUUAAUAUGAAAUAUUUAUGGAAAUUAUAAUGGUGUUUUAUGUACACUCAAUGUGUUCUCUGAAAUGAA